AUGGUGCAACUGAAAAAGAGUUCAGCAAAAGCUCCCCAGUCACCGAAUCAUACUCAAAAGAAGGCCACACGAAAGAAAGGACCAGCUACUCCAAAGGCGGCCCUAGCAGAUGUCCAGAAGUGUAAGGACCUUGGGAUAGAAACACACCUACAGGCAAACAACACCAGGGCAAACUAUGCCGGUCAUGUUCGUCGAGGACGAGAGUGGCUGGCAAGUUACUUCAAAACACCUGCCGUUAGUGACUCGGAGAGAGGUGACAUUGCAUCAGAGGACUCACUUGCCAGUGUUGGCAUGCACGGCGACAAUGAUACACACGAUGAUGUUGCUUUCAAAGAUGCGUUUGACCGGAUACCAAACAGAUGCUCGGACAAAGCACUUGCACUUUUCAUGUCCCUGAAGGGGUUCCACGAGAAUCUAAGUAAAACUACUGUUGAGAGCAUCCGCUCAGCAUUCAAGAAGAUGUGGGACCUAUCAGAUGGUGACACCUAUCAUGGCAAAUGGCACUUUGAUGAGGCGAAGCAGCGUUGGGAAGGAAACCCCGCUGAUUCGGCAGACGUUUAUGAUGUGCUGUCAUCCGUCAAGCACAAGGCUAGUGCAGAGGGUGGAGAUCGGACUCACUCGAUGGCAAUGACAAAGGAUUACAUGGAUCGGGUACUCCGAUGGCAUCAGGCUGCAUGUCCGCUGGAGAUCAGCCUGCACAUGAUUCAGAAAACAAUGAGUGGUGCUCAGCCUUCAGAUGUGCAUCUGGACCUUGAAACAAGGAAGCGACUCACCCAACAUCUUGAACAAAUUACACUUGCAGCCAAUGGAUGGACACUGUGGACGAGGUGUGAUCCAACUUGUCCAUGUGAAGUGCAUGAUCUGACGUACCGUAUCCACAGUGAUCGCGCGUCUUACUUUGAGAUCUUCCUCUCAAACCGGAAGGGAUGGCAAAAGAAAGUUGACAAGGGCCAGUGGGAGGUGGAUCUAAGAUCAAAUCACUACAAGAUAUAUCCACGUCCCGAGAUGCUGGCCUGCGACAAUUUCUUCUGGAUGUUAGUAUGGAUCAAGUGGCUCGAAUUUUUUCACUAUGGACGGACCCUUCACCCAAAUGACUUCCUGUUCCCCGCGAUGGGUGCAAACGGUGUUGUCCACCCCGGACAGCCAAUCUCUCACGAUACUGUACAAAAAUGGAUCAAUGAGUCAACCGCCAGUGCUGGCAUUCUUGGUAACUUCUCGACUCACUGUUUUCGUCGCGGGGGUGCACAGUACUGGUUCAUGUUUGCUCCUGUAGGCCAACGAUGGACACUUGCUAAAGUCCACUGGUGGGGUGGAUGGGCUGAAGGCGAGCAUCGUGAUACACUCGUUCGCUACCUCCUCGACGAACUACAUGCAUAUGAAACUGACUACAGCGAUGCUCUUGCCCCCAUCUCCCGUGGUGCUGAUGUCUCCCUCGCUGGUGAACAUGCUCUUGUGAGACCAGCAUCCACCGAAGAACUUCGCAUGGUCCAUGCAUCUGUUGCAGCAGAUGUCAAUUGCCUGCGCAACGACAUCAGUUUGGUCAAUAGCUCACUGCGCUCACUAACGAAUGUAGUCAUGCAGGCUGCCUGCACCACAGCAACUGCUCCACAAUAUCCUGAUUCCUCACGAUUCUCUGUAAUAUCCAACUCAUCCCACACACCAACUCCACCCUACACUCCACCUGUUGGAGGAGCGAGUGUCACGACUGCCAGUGCCCAGCCACUUUUACUAUCUCGGCCUGUUGCCAGCGAAACCCCUACCUCACAUCCGCCAUCAGCCUGCGUCAUGCCAGUCUCACGUCCAAAUAGCCUUACCAACCCAAAGAGCAAGUCCUGGAAGGACAUCGUCACACAUUGGCUUGUCGGUGAUCCUGACCGAGGACUGACAACACCGCUGAAGGAUUGGCCAAGGGAGUGGUACCAAGGUGUCAAUCGACGGUUUGCAUCAAAGUAUCACCAGAGGGCAACCAUUGCAUUGGAGUUCAUUAAUCAGUACGACUCAAAUGAGGUGCGCUUCCUCGCAGCCUAUCCAGAGGCUGAACUGGGGCACACACAAUUGUUAAAGGCCAUGAACAAGGCACGCACAGCACGAGGGGAGCGCAUCUCUCGCAGCAAGUGA